CAGCGCGAACGUACGUAAACACACGCACUCGUGUUCCAGUACAACGAGUAGUGGCGCUCGGAUUUCGGUUAGUCUCGAUUCGACCGAUCGCUCGUAUUGUGAUAUACAUACAAUAUAUAUAUAAACGGUGUGACACGCGUACUCGUCCAGCGAUUAACAGCCCAGAAACAAGAUGUUUUCCCAAUUGAUGAUGGAUCCCUACGCCGAUAUUCUCAGCAAGUACGUCGGCGACAAAAACGUCGACAAUUACGAGUUGACUCGCGUGGAAAACUCGUUCAAGAGUCUGAACGAGGAUCUGAACUGCCGCAUGCUGCGUCUCGAGUUUCGCCGUCUCGACGGAGCCGCAGCUACUGCUGCUGCUGCUGCAGCUGCUGCAUUAUUGUCGAUCCAGGAGGAGGAGGAGGAGGAGGAGGAGAGAGACGACGAGGCCGAGAAAUGGCAGCGAUACUGGGGCGACGAGGCGCGCAUCGACCUCGUCUACUACACUCGGCCGUUGGGCAUCGGUCACCGGCUGCCGAUUCAGCGCGGCUUCGACAAGCAGGUCGCGUUCUUCGGCCAGGUCAAGCCGGCCAUCGACGGCGUACUGCACCACAUCCUCGAGGAUUCCGUCGACGAGUACGCCAGGCACUGCGUCGUGGCCCGACGCAACGUCCUCUGCUUCGCCAAUCACUACGCGAACUUCGCCGAGUGUCCGGACGCGAUCAUGGACGAGGCGCACCUGCUGGCCGCGGCCGAGGCCCUGGCUCGACUUCACACCUACUCGCUGCUGGCCGGCAACGAGUUGUCCAAGCCGUUGGACUUCAUUUACCCGGAGGCGUUCGAGGAGAGCGUCUUCGUGGAGACGCCAGCCGAAGUCCUGGACAGCUUCAUCGAGAUGUUCGUGGGGAUGGCCGAGCACUGCUACCUCGACGCCCAGUGGAUCGGCGAGUACGUGCGCGCGGGCUUCGAGAAGGCGAGAUCCGCGAGGCUCGAUCCGCGCAUGAGGUCGACCGUCUGUCUGGGCCAGGCCGAUCCUCGCCAGAUGCUGUUCUACAAGCCGCACUCCGAGGAUCCGGCGACGAGGAAGUGUCUGCUGACGGAUUUCACCGCGACACAGUUCGCCCCGAGGAUGCUGGACGUGGCGCGACUGCUCUACUUCCAGUACAGUCCGCUGCGGAGACGCCAAUACGAGGGCCCGGUCAUCCGGGCUUAUUACGAGCAGCUGUGCCGGCUCAUUAACGACGAUCUCCAUCCGGAGUCGCGCGAAUUCGAGGAUCUGAUCGGCGAGUACGAGGAGGUCCGACACAUCGUCAUGGCGCUCUGCGUCUGCUACUAUCCCACCGUGUACUGCGAGAAGAGACUCUUCCAGGAUUACAAUCACAACAUCGCCGAUUAUCAGCGGAGAUACUUCACGAUCGAGGAGCAGAGCGAAUUGUUGCGAAUGUUCGAGACGGACGACGAGGCCAGAGGCUUCUUCGAGGAAUUUACCGAGGAGCUCGUUAUGGCCGCUGACAGAUGGAAGGUCGAAGUGAGAGACCCGUUGGAAGAAAAGUCGAAUUACGAGGAUGCGGUCGAAGAAGAAGACCAACAAGAAGAGGCGGUGGAAGAAAAAGACCGACAACAAGAGAUGGUGGAAGAAAAAGACCCACGCGAAGAGGUGGUGGUCGAAGAAGUAUACCGAAGCGAUGAUGAGAUCGAAGAGAUACGCCGAGACGAAGAUGUGGCCGAAUUAAAAUACCAAUUAGAAGAUUUGACCAUGAAAGAAUACCCGUACGAAGAUUUGGUCGAACAAAUAUGGGCGUACAAAAAUGUGACCAAAGAAUCGAAGUUAUUCGAUGAAUAUUCGAAUUAAUUGUAUUGUAUAAUUGCCAGGACAAUGUUAUUGAGUAUAUACGGUGUGAAUUAGAGAAAACAAAUAAUUUUCAUCUGAAUGACUCCUUCUGAUUAAUGUUUACAUCGAGUAAUAAUUGACGAUGAAAAUUGAAUGACAAAGAGCUUGUUUCUAACAAAAUGAUUCUUAUUUUUUUCACAUUUAAAUUUGAAAUAUUAUUGAAACUAAAAAAUGUAAACAUCUUGUUAAGAAUAAUACACUCAGUGUUAAAAAAAAAAAAUUCAA